CGUAUAAUCUGUGAUAUUCGUUUGUUUUAUUCUUCUAGAUUCGAAACCCAGUGGAAAUGGGGAUUUGUUUUUAAAUCCAUUUUAAUCCGUGAUCUGUCUUUAAAUAUUUUUGUGAAAAAUGUCCAUGUUUCCAGGAACAGUGGCCUUUGAUGAGUAUGGGCGUCCAUUUAUUAUCUUAAGGGACCAAGAAAACCAAAAACGGCUCACCGGUAUCGAUGCCUUAAAAUCGCAUAUCCAAGCCGCGCGUCAAAUAGCAGGUAUCCUGCGGACGUCGCUAGGUCCUCGCGGGCUGGACAAGAUGAUGGUGUCUUCAGACGGAGAGGUCACAGUCACCAACGACGGCGCCACCAUCCUCAAGCUCAUGGACGUGGAACACCAGAUCGGCAAACUCAUGGUGCAGCUAGCACAGAGCCAGGACGAUGAGAUCGGUGACGGUACCACAGGAGUGGUGGUGUUGGCCGGUGCACUGUUAGAGCAGGCGUCCAAUUUGUUAGACAAAGGCAUACAUCCCAUCAGAAUCGCCGAUGGGUUUGAGAUGGCGGCGGCGACCGCUGUAGCACACCUGGACAGCAUCAGUGAGCCGUUCCCAGUCAACAAGGACACAAGGGAACAUCUCAUCAAGGUGGCGAUGACCACCCUCGGCAGCAAAGUGGUGGUGAAAUGUCACAGGCUGAUGGCCGAGAUUGCUGUCGAUGCAAUCCUCUCAGUGGCUGAUUUGGAGAAGAGAGAUGUGAACUUUGAACUGAUCAAGGUUGAGGGCAAGGUCGGAGGAAGGAUGGAGGACUCGCAGCUGGUGAAGGGAGUCGUCAUCGACAAGACCAUGAGCCAUCCACAGAUGCCAAAGGAACUCAAGGAUGUGAAGCUGGCUAUCCUCACUUGUCCGUUUGAGCCGCCCAAGCCCAAGACCAAGCACAAGUUGCAAGUGGGCUCGGCCGAGGAGUACCGGGACCUUCGCAAAUAUGAACAUGAUAAGUUCUUAGAGAUGGUUCGGAGAGUUAAGGACGCGGGCGCUACGCUGGCCAUCUGUCAGUGGGGCUUCGACGACGAGGCGAACCACCUGCUGCUGUCUGAACAGCUUCCGGCCGUGCGGUGGGUCGGCGGACCAGAAAUGGAGCUCAUCGCCAUCGCCACGGGAGGAAGGAUCGUGCCGCGCUUCGAGGAGCUCUCCCCGGACAAGCUCGGUUACUGUGGGCUCGUCAAGGAACUCACUUUCGGUACGACCAAGGACGAGAUGUUGGUGAUCACGGAGUGCCGUAACUCUCGCGCGGUCACCGUCAUGGUCCGCGGCGGGUCCAAAGUCAUCGUGGAGGAGGCCAAGAGGUCCGUGCACGACGCGCUCUGUAUAGUGAGGGCGCUGGUCCAGGAUUCUCGCGUGGUGUACGGCGGCGGGUCGGCCGAGGUGUCGUGCUCGCUGGCCGUGGCGCGCGCGGCGGACAAGCUGUGCUCCUUGGACCAGUACUCCUUCAGGGCAUUCGCGGACGCGCUGGAAGCUGUGCCGCUGGCUCUGGCCGAGAACAGUGGUCUGUCUCCCAUCGACUCCCUGUCCGAGGUGAAGGCUCGUCAGGCCGCUGAGGGGAAGACGUGUCUCGGUAUAGACUGUAUGGGAAAUGGUUCCAACGACAUGAAAGCCCUAUCGGUGAUUGAGUCUCUCCACUCCAAGCGUCAACAAAUCUGCCUGGCCACUCAGCUGGUCAAGAUGAUACUUAAGAUAGACGACGUGCGCUCACCAGCAGACCAGGAGUAGACCAGUAGACCGACACCGGGACACGCUGGAUACAACCUCACGCAUAGACCGAAAAGAACAACUCGGUCUACGGAUGACAGAUUAUAAGACAUCAAUAGUUUUAUUGAAUCAUCAGUUGUAUCAAGAAUUGUCUGAUGGUCUGGCCGGAGGGAGAGGGACGUGCUCUCGGCGGGUUCCACUUUACAAUAUUAACUUAACUUUGUUCUGUGUAUUUUAAUUUAAUUAUAAUUUGCUCUGUAAGAUUGUUCACAAAGUUAUGUUUAAAGUGCAGGCGGACUGGAAAUAUUCUGUUUAGUAUUAAGAUUGUGUACCGCGUACGACUGAACUAGCCGAUACCGUGGCUCCGUCUGCAUUGAGUGUACACUAAAAAGUAAAAACGCUAGUUAUCGAUAUGCAAAUGUAUUUUUAUUACAAUGAAUGUAAUUGUUAACACAAUAAACUAAUUGAGCUUAACGA